GAGAGGUUACGAGAGUUCCGGUGUUGUGAUGAUGAACGUCCCUGCCAACAUGGCGGUCAGCAUCCGCGGCCGUCCGAUCCGGAGUGUACGGAUGAGAGGUCGGAAUGACAGCGGGGAGGAGAAUGUACCGCUGGAUCUUACGCGAGAACCCUCAGAUAACAUGCGAGAGAUCCUUCAGAACAUCGCCAAAUUUCACGGGGUCUCCAACAUGAGGAAGCUUGGCCACCUGAACAACUUUGUUAAGCUCCUGAACAGUGUAAAUCACUGUGCAGAGAAACUAGGAUUUACACAUGAGGAAAUCAUCAUUUGUCUGCGUGUGGCGUUGCUGAAUGAGGUGAAGGAGGUUCGGGCUGCAGGUUUGAGAGCACUUAGGUUUCUGAUCCGUGACAGCAGCGUCCUCCAGAAAGUUCUUCAGCUGCAGGUGGAUUACCUGAUCUCCAGGUGUAUUGACAUUCAGCAGAGCAAUGAGGUGGAGAGAACUCAAGCCCUCAGACUGGUCAGAAAGAUGAUAACCGUGAACGCACAGCUCUUUCCCAGCUCUUUAACUAACUCUCUGAUCGCGGUGGGGAACGACGGGCUGCAGGAGAGAGAUCGCAUGGUUCGAGCCUGCAUCGCCAUCAUUUGUGAACUUGCACUGAAGAACCCUGAGAUUGUGUCACAGCGGGGAGGUUUGAGCACCAUCCUGAAGAACGUCAUCGACUGUCAGCUGAGCCGCAUCAACGAGGCCCUGAUCACCACCAUACUGCACCUGCUCAAUCACCCGCACACACGCCAGUACAUACGCGCUGAUGUAGAACUGGAGCAAAUCCUUGCACCUUACACAGACUUUCACUACAGACACAGUCCUGACACAGCAGAGGCACAAAUCAAGGAGGACAGAGAAGCUCGUUUUUUAGCCAGUAAAAUGGCCAUCAUUGCAGCCUUCCGCUCGUGGUCAGGUAUUAUCAACCUGUGUAAAUCAGGGAACUCAGGGGUCCAGUCUUUGAUAGGCCUGCUCUGUAUACCAAACAUGGAAGUCAGGAAAGCCUUACUAGAAGUCAUGUAUGAGAUCUUCAGGUUGCCUGUUCCUUUAGUGACAGGAGAUUUUGAGGAAGCCCUGCACAGCGUGGACCCCAGCAAGUUUCAGGACGGCUGGAGACUAUCUGAUGGGUUUGUAGCUGCAGAAGCCAAAGUCAUAUUGCCUCACCGGGCACGAUCUAGACCAGACCUCAUGGACAACUACCUGGCACUACUGCUGUCUGCCUUCAUCAACAGUGGACUACUCGAGGGUCUAGUGGAGGUGGUGACCAGCAGUGAUGGGCAGAUAUCAGUCAGAGCCACCAUACUGCUUGGAGAACUUCUGCACAUGGCCAAUACGAUUCUUCCUCACUCUCACAGUCAUCAUCUGCACUGUCUGCCCACGCUGAUCAACAUGGCUGCUUCCUUUGACAUCUCUCAGGAGAAACGACUGCGUGCCAGUGCAGCCGUGAACCACCUGAAGCGUUUCCACGAAAAGAAACGCUGUGGCCCCAAACCUUACAGUCUUUACCUGGAUCACAUCCUGCGCAGGACGUCCAACUCCACUCACAAGAGAGAGCAGCACCAGCGUCUACAGAAGGACAUCUUUAUUAUGAAGGACACUGAAGAGGCGCUGAUGAUGAACCUGAGGGACAGUCAGGUCCUCAAUCACAAACAGAACCUGGACUGGAACUGGAUUCUGAUCAUCACUAUACUGAAGUGGCCAAAUGUGAACCUCAGAAACAACAAGGACGAGCAGAUGCACAAGUUUGUAAGGAGGUUGCUGUAUUUCUAUAAGCCCAGCAGUAAGCUGUACUUGGCUCUGGAGCUGGAUCACGCCAAAGCCAGACAGCUGACGGUAGCGGGCUGCCAGUUUAACCAGUUCCUCUUGGAUUCGGAGGAAGACGGUCAGGCGUAUUUAGAGGAGCUUGUGAAGGAUAUCGUCCAGUGGCUCACAUCCUCUUCUGGGCUUAAAUCUGAUCGUAGUCUCCAUAGCAACGGCCUCCUCAGCACCCUCAGUCAGCACUACUUCCUGUUUCUGGGGACUCUGUCUGCACAUCCGGCUGGAGUCAAAAUGCUGGAGAAAUGUGGUGUUUUCCAGUGUCUGUUGAACUUGUGCUCGGUGAAAAACCAGGAUAACCUGCUGAAACUAACGGUCUCCACUCUGGACUACAGCCGAGACGGACUCGCACGAGUUAUUCUGUCCAAGAUCCUCACAGCGGCCACUGAUAACUGCCGUCUGUAUGCCACCAAACACCUGCGUGUGCUGCUGCGCGCUAACGUUGAGUUCUUCAGUAACUGGGGGAUGGAGCUGCUUGUCACACAGCUGCAUGACCACAACAAAACCAUCUCCAUGGAGGCGCUGGACAUCCUGGACGAAGCCUGUGAAGAGAAGGCCAACCUGCACGCUCUGAUCCACAUGAAACCUGCUCUGUCUCACCUGGGAGAGAAGGGCCUUCUGCUGCUGUUGAGGUUCCUGUCCAUCCCAAAAGGCUUCUCUUAUCUCAAUGAAAGAGGCUAUGUCAGCAAACAGCUGGAGAAAUGGCAGAAGGGGUAUAAUCUGAAGUAUGUGGACAUGAUUGAGGAGCAGCUGAAUGAAGCUCUCACAACAUACCGCAAACCUGUAGACGGAGACAACUACGUCCGCCGCAGCAACCAAAGGUUGCAGAGGCCAAAUGUGUUUCUCCCUGUGCAUUUAUAUGGGCAGCUGGUCCAUGAUAAAACCGGCUGCCUGCUGCUGGAAGCUCAGGGUGUUAUCCCGGAUCUUAGCUACACAGUCCGUUCUCCAGUGUUGGAUACAUGGGAGGGCAUUAAACAGCUGAAGGCAGCGCUGUGGGCUCUGGGCAACAUUGGCAGCUCAAACUGGGGACUGAACCUCCUACAGGAGGAGAACGUGAUUCCAGAUGUUAUUGCUCUGGCUCAGCACUGUGAGGUUCUGUCCAUACGUGGUACGUGUGUGUAUGUGCUGGGUGUGAUCAGCCGCACGCGGCAGGGAAGUGAUGUGCUGAAGGCUUUGGGAUGGGACUCGGUUCGGCACAGUCGCAGGCAGCAGUGGCCUGUCGUCCCUGAUGAAGUGGACGCUCCGCUGCCCAGUGAACUGUCAUCUGUGCCCAGCACACUCAGCCUCAACUCAGAGUCCACCAGCUCACGCCACAACAGUGAGAGUGAAAGUCAGCCCAGUUUGUAUUUCAUGGACGAUGACCGUGAGGGUUUGGACAUGUACGAGGACUCUUCUCUCAGUAUACACACAAAAUCCUCAAAGGACAGAAGCCCUUUCACCAUCCUGACCCCUUCACAUCUCCGAACCCGCUUCCUGAACUCCCUGUCUCUCCCCAGUAAGAAGGCACGGAGCCCCAGUGACACUAAAGGCACAACAAACGCAGGAAAAUCAUUCGAGGAGCUCCGGCUCAUGCGGCGCAACCGGACCAUAACAGAGCCCUCGAGCUUCUCUCCAGGCCACUCGGGGCAGGGCGAAGUCUUUUAUAAUGGCGGUCGCAUGUCUCACAGCCCAACGGUCAGCCUCGAGACUUCGUUUGUGGGUAUUAAAGCACUAACAGAGCCGUAUGGCACUGAGGGAUGCUCGGAUUCGGAAGGCAGAGGUCAACACAAGGCUGUGACCCCAGGUGACAGUCAGAGGGAGCGGAGCAGCAGGGAGCGUUUGACCUGUGACGGUGCGUCUGUACUGCCCGGCGGCGGUACGUUUAAGAGUCGCAGUCAUAGCUUUAACACAGACACGACCACCAGUGGCAUCAGCUCCAUGAGCUCCUCCCCCUCCCGAGAGCCCGCCUCCUCCAUCGCCAUGGACACGGACUGCGCCAGCCUCAACACUGUGGUCAGCGCCAAAACUGUGAAAAUGCAACAAUCGCUCAGUCCUCAUUCCAACCACAAUCACAUCCUGUUGUCCAAGUCUAAUUCGACCUCGCUGGUUGUUCCCGGGUCGGCGCACACGCUGCCGCGCAGGGCACAGUCGCUGAAGUCGCCCUCCGUGGCCACCAUCAAGAGCCUGGUGGACUGCAGCUACAUCUACACGAGCCAGCGUGACGCGCUGGGAUACGCCACGCUGAAACGCCUGCAGCAGCAGAGGAUCCACCCGUCUCUGUCACACAGCGAAGCGCUGGCGUCUCCUGCUAAAGACGUGCUGUUUACAGACACCAUCACCAUGAAAACACGCAGCCUCGACUCCCGGCUCACGCCACGCAGUGGGUGUGCUUGUGUUCGCUCUCCUCUCAGGUUUUUAAAAGCUCUGAGUUUUGCGUCUCUGGAUAAGGAGGACUUGUUGAGUCCGAUCAAUCACUUCACCCUGCAGCGCUCCUCUUCCCUGCGCUCCAUGGUCUCUAGCGCCACCUUCGGCUGCAGUGAGGACUACAUCGGCCUGGCGCUGCCCCUGGACAUCAACCACAUGUUUCAGAUUAAAGAAUCUUCAUAUUUCCAGAAGAGAACAAGCCCCCCUGCUGGAGAAAAAUCAUCCAAGUUUCUUUUUGGAGAAUCUGAUGACGCGUGUGGUGGUCCUCUACUGAAGCCGCAGAUGAGUAUCACAGAGCUGUUAAACAGCAGCCGGUUGGAGCAGCAGCACCUGCUGGGAGCCGAUGAGAGUACAGGCCUACAGGAGCACACCGAGCACAACUGCCUCUACUGCAGCGCCAUCAGCAUCCUCGGCUCACACACACACAGCCACCUGAACAACGCACACACUCGCACAGAUCUGUCUGAUGGUUUCUGUCAGUGGCACAGCCAGCCUUCCCACAAUCACCUGGAGGUGGUCACCCAGUCCAAGUUCUCGGGGAUCUCGGGCUGCAGCGACGCGGCCGUCAGUCAGGGUUCGACCAGCAGCACUCCCAGCUCAGAGCUCAUCCUGGGUGGCAAGGCGAUAUCUGAGGACGGCCCGGCCUGCAGAGUUCUGUUGAGGAAAGAGGUUCUGCGACUCGUCAUCAACCUCAGCUCUUCAGUCGGCACCAAAGGACACGAAACCGGACUGCUCACGAUAAAAGAGAAGUUUCCGUUCACGUUUGAUGACAUCUGCCUGUACUCCGAGGUCUCCUUCCUGCUGGCCAACUGCAUGUUUCGUCUGGCUUCACGCCGCUUCAUCCAAGAGCUCUUCCAGGAUGUGCAGUUCAUUCCGUUGUAUGAUGAAGCUGAAGCAGUGCUGAAUAAACCUUCGCAACCUGUCCCUGGGGACACUGAGGAAUCUUGAUCCCUCCGUCAGCUCCGCUAUCCCCUCACCUCACCUCACCUCCUAUACAGCACAGAGAGACACCGAGGAAUACUGAAACAAGCCCUUGGACUUCAGACCGUGUUUCUGAAGAGGAGCAGUUUACCAAAAGAUAUCUUCAGACUGUGAAACAGGUGAACCAGAGCGCUUCAGAUGGUCCGAACAAUACGGACGUACGUGUUUACAAAGAACGAUCUAAAUGAAACGCUGUUUACACUUUUAAGAGCGCCAGAUGCACGGAUGAGAUUUUACUUUAGAGUUUACUGCACUGGUGUUUGUACAUAUCCACCCCGUCCCAAUAUUUCAAAAGAUCACGCAAACACUACAAAGAAUUCAGUGUGAAUGAUUUGACUGAAUGAAUUCAGGACUUCCAGAACUGAAAGAGCGGGUGAAACAUUGAUCACAUUUGUACUAUUUAUUAGUUUCUUUUCUUUUGUACACGUGUUUAGAUUUUUUAAGACCUCCAGACAAUCAGAAUGCAGUGUUUCGGGGGAAAACGUUGUUUGCGAUAUGCGAACCCUUAGUGUCACACAUCUUUCAUUGGAAAUCUGUCAUCUGCGUACGGUCUCUGUAGGAAAUUCUCCAAAAGACGCAGGUGAAGCGCAUGCGAGCACUGAUACACACACACACACACACACACUUGAUCACAGAGCUAGUUUGACACCUGACAGUCUGGAUGUUUUAAGGGUGAAACUCACCAAAGCUGUCCAGAUCACGUCCUGAUCAGAUUUAAUGAGAUUUCUUUUUCUGUAAAGCCCAAUUUUGAGAAAUAUGUUUGAUUGUCAUGAAAAUUGUCAUAAUGUAAAAUAUUUUAAUGGAAAAAUGAAUUGCAUUUUUUGCAGUCUGAUUUUAGAGUGAGAUGUGAUCCAGAUCUGUGUGAGGUUGAUUAAAACAGAAAAUCAUUUUGACUGUAUAAACAGUCUAGAGGAUGUAUUCACAUAUUAAGCCCAUUUAGGACCAUUUCAUGUUUUUUUUUAAUUACGAUUAAGCACAUUUCUGUAAAAAAUUAUGUGGUGGGGUGGGGGUGGGGGGUUGAGGAAAAAAAGUUACGUUUAUCACAUCAUAUGUGAAAUAAAAAAUAAUUUGUUAAGGUGUGAAAAUCACAUGGGAUUUACAACACUAUUUGACUAUUUUGUGAGCAAAAUAUGCUUAUAUUUAACAUUAGGCAAAAAAAUUUAAUACUAGUACCUAAAAAAAACAGCUGAAUUUUUUUUAUGCAAAGUACAUACUUUUUAUUUUUAGUUUGUGUUUUUCAUUCUGAAAUGUUCAUGACAAUUUAAGCACAUUUCCAUUGCGAAUUCUUCAAUUAUUAUAUGGUGAUCAAAAUCUCCUUAAUUAAAAGUCCUAAAACAGGCUUUAUUUCCUUUAUGUAAAAUAGAUUUUCUCUUUUUUUUUUUUUUUUUUUUUGCAUUCUGACAUUUUCAUGACAAUUAAGCACAUUUUUCUUACAAAUUCAUGUAAUUCUAAUGCUAACACAUGACAGCAGAAUUUAAUAUACUGAUAAUAAUAUAUAUUUGAAAAUAAUAAAGUGUGCUUAAUUUUCAUGACAGUUAUGUCACAAUGCUAAAUAAUAUUCCUAAAAACAAGCUUCAUUUUUCUUUUUCUUUUACAUUUUUUUUUGUGAAAUGUAUAUUUUUUUUGUUAUUCUAGUCAACAUGAUUUUCUCUUGUAAUCGGCAACAUUCGCCUGCACUCUUAAUAGUGAAACUUGGAAUAUUUCUUCAAUAAGCGGCCAGAGCACUGGUUUAGAAAGAGUUCAAGUAUUAUCUUGACAUGUUGUCUAUACAUUGCUCGCGUUUCCCUUCACAUUGCACCUUUGAAAUGCAUUGAAUCCCAGUGUGUUUCCUCAAGCGUGCACUGAAGCGUCUGACAUGUUAAAACACUGGUAUUCAGAUCUUCUUCCGAUCGUAGCAGUCUUGUAGUAAGCCAUAGUUUUUGCAUUGAUGUUCUCGACGUGUUCCUGAUGUUCACACAAAGCACUGAUCGAAUCCAUCUUUCUUGUUUGACCGAAUCCAUGAGUAGAUUGCAUGCUGAAUCGACACAAACCCAGUUACUUAUUUAUUAACUGCAAGACUUUUUGUUAAUAUGUGUCUCAGCGCUGCUGCUACUGCCAUCAACUGACUGUGAUCUGAUUGGCUGAAGAGAGAGUGCCAUGGCUUUCGCCUGGGCUACGGAUCUGUACCAUAGUGGCAUGAGACAGAAAAGAGAUGAAAAAAAAAAUAUUUAUAUUUUUCCUAAAAGAUGAACUUGUGAAAGAUGGUGUAAUUUAAAGGACUUUUGUUUUUUGUUGUGGUUUCCCUUGUAAACUGUGUACAGUGUGUUUUGGGCACUUUCAGCCCUGGAAAAAGCAAAGGGAUAUAUAAUUAAAGAGGAAAACUCAUGAGUG